AUGUCUUCAUCAUCCGACUUCCAGGGCUGGGUAGCUCACGACCCCUCUGCCGCCGAUGGCAACAUGAAAUGGGGCGACUACACCCCUAAGAACUUCGAGUCCACAGACAUUGAGAUGGAAAUCAGCCACUGCGGUGUCUGCGGCUCCGACAUCCAUACCCUCCGCUCUGGCUGGGGCCCCUCAGACUACCCUCUCGUCGUUGGUCACGAGAUCAUUGGCAAGGUCACUCGUGUUGGAGACGCCGUCAAGGACCUCAAGGUUGGCGACCGCGUCGGUGUUGGUGCGCAGUCUGACUGCUGUGAGAGCUGCCGUCCCUGCAAGGCCAAGCAAGAGUCCAACUGCAACAACUUUGUCAUGACCUACAACGCAAAGUACAAGACUGGCGAUAAGGCCCAAGGAGGCUACGCAAAGAAGUGGCGCGGACCUGCUUCUUUCGCUAUCCCUAUUCCCGAGGGUCUUCCUUCUGAGUACGCUGCUCCUCUUAUGUGCGGUGGUGUAACUGUCUACAACCCCCUCGUUACCUACGGUGCGGGUCCAGGAAAGCGCGUCGGCGUUGUUGGCAUCGGUGGUCUCGGUCACUUUGCUCUUCUUUUCGCAAAGGCCCUCGGCUGCGACGAAGUCGUUGCCAUCUCCCGCUCCUCCUCCAAGAAGGCCGACGCGCUGGAACUCGGUGCUGAUAGGUUCAUCGCUACCGGCGAGGACCCCGAAUGGAUGAACAAGAACGCUGGCGGCCUCGACAUCAUCAUCUCCACCAUCUCUGGCGGUUUCGCGCUCGACCAGUACCUCAACCUCCUCGACGUAAACGGUACUUUUGUCCAGCUCGGCGCUCCCGACGACCCACUUCCCAGCUUCUCCCCCAUGGGCUUGAUCUUCAAGAACUUGAAGAUUGCUGGUUCUCUCAUCGGUACUAGGCAGCACAUUGCUGACAUGUUGGAGUUGGCAAAGAAGACGAACCUCAAGGCUUGGGUCCAGGUCAGGCCCAUGUCCGAGGCCAACGAUGUUAUUGUCGAUUUUGAAAAGGGCCUCCCUAGGUACCGAUAUGUGCUCAAGAACUAG